GCCGAUAUAAUUAUGCUCUUGCAAAGCCUUCAUUGCACACUGAAAGGUGUAGGCCUAUCCUUCAUUCAACACAUUCGGUAGAUUACAUAGACAUACAGUUGCUUCAUAAAAUUGUGCUACAUAUUCUUGCGAUAAAGUUAAGUGAUUCUGUUCAGCAUUCAAUAAAAAGUGUGUUAUUUGUUCUCCGGUAUAUACCUAAAGCUAUUAUAGGACAGCUCUGUACGACAUAAACGUGAAUAGUUAUCAAGUAUCACGUGGGUAGUAUUUACAUAGGCUACUGCAGGUUUCUUCAUAUCCGCCCAUUUGCACACCGAAGUACAUUCUCAGAAUGGAUCCUCCACCUUUAAUUCCCGUAGAAUAUUAUAGAUAUAUACUUAUUGGACUUGGUGUAUAUUUUCUAUGGAUUAAUAUUAUACUUAUUGUGACCCUGAUAACAUUAUCUAUAGCUGCUUUCUAUGGUACCAGGUAUUAUUUAAAGAGAAACAAACCUAAGAUAGACGUGAAAGGAAAAGCUAUCUUUAUAACUGGUUGUGACACUGGUUUCGGCUUUGACCUUGCCUUGCUUACAAAUGAUCAAGGAUUCAUAGUAUUUGCUGGUUGCUUGAAACCUGAUGGUUCUGGUGCUAAAAACCUCCAGUCAAGAUCGUCUGAUCGUAUACAGAUUGUACCUCUUGAUGUAACUAGUGAUGAUAGUGUUGCCAAUGCUUUACAGUGUGUGACAGACGCAUGUCAAAGCAGAAAAUUAGAGUUAUGGGGAGUGGUAAAUAACGCUGGUAUAAACUAUGUUGGCCCUAUAGAAUUAAACAGUUUACAACAAAUCGACAGAGUUUGUGAUAUAAAUCUAUUUGGUACUGUUCGUGUUACAAAGGCGUUUUUAUCAUUACUUCGUCAAUCUCAAGGUCGUGUCAUAAACAUUUCAAGUGAAAGAGGGGUUAUAUUCAGAGCGCUGUCAGCGGCGUAUUGUAUGUCAAAAGCUGGAAUGGAAACAUUUUCAGACUCAUUGAGAUUAGAAAUGGCACGCUUUGGUAUUAAAGUCAGCAUAGUUGAGCCAGGACAUUAUGGUCAAUGUACUGCUAUUGUCGCAAAAAAUCUGAUAGAUCAUAACAAGAAAACGUUACACGAAGAAUUUGAAAGCUCUCCUGAAGGCGUGAAAUACACCUAUUGUAAAUAUGAUAUAGAUAGCAUAUUUGCUUCAGCAGAUUUUUCACCCGAAUAUAAGGGUCCACGUAGCAGCCAUGAAAAUACUCUACCCGUUAUAAAUUGUAUCGCCAAUUGUUUGAUCGACCCACUGCCAAGAGAAAGGUAUAUUGUUGGUGGUACAAGAGGAUGGUAUGAUCCAAGAACGAUCUGUUCUAUCUUGAAACCAAUUUUACCAGAUAAGUAUAUGGACAUGGUCAUAAAUUACUAUUUUUAAAUGGUUUCUGAAUCAUUUAAACGACAAGGAUCCUGCUCCCUAGAACCAAAAUCCCGAAUGUUUGUAAGUGCCAAAUAAUGAUUAUUAAAACAAAUAUCUCUGUUAAAA